AAAGUUAUAAAUUCUAAUAUAUACAAUGUACAUUCUUGCAUUGUAAUAAAUUGUUUCAAAUACUUUAUCUUCAAAUAGACUUGCACGCUUGUAUGUUCUUUCCCAUAAAAAUUCUAUUUUUUGUCUGCAAAAUAAUUAUGGUCGUAGCAAGAGGGUAUGGCUCAAGGAGAAACCAGUACCGAGAUUGUACCACCUGCGACGAAGAAAUCAAAAGCAUCUGAGUCACAAUGUGAUGCUUCUCCUCAACGUGUAAACCUCUCAAAAGAGCCAGCCAUGGAAGAACCCAUGGAUGCUACUACUGCCACUAAUGGUGAUAAUGAUGAAAUAGAGGACAAGAAUGCAGAGGGAGAGGAGAAAACUGAAGAAAAUCCAAGUGAGACAGAAACCAUGGCUACUGAAGAAGAGCCUGCGCAGAUAAAAGCAACAGAUAGAGAUCAAGAACCUCAUGGGGAAAAACUGGAUGUUAAUGAGAGACGGUCGAGCUAUCAUGGAGCUCAUGAUGAGAAAGAGAGCAUUAAUGUAGCACGAUGCGUUUUGACCAGCCUUAGUAUCAAUAUUGAACUUCUUCUGGAGAAAUUUGAAUACUACUACAUUGAUGCUUCGAAAGGUUUUGUACUCAUUGGCCGUCAUCCAACAGCCUACUCCGUGUGGGAUCCGAAAACAAAUAACCAGUAUCGACUUCCGCGAGUUCCAUUCAGUUUCAAAGAGUUUACAACCGCUUUGAUCAUUGAGGAUUCUCCUGUUAAUGGAGCAAAAGCAAAGAUUGUGUGCUCCGAGAUGGUAUCAUACGGGAAGAACAAGAACGAGGUUGUGAUCUACAGCAAUCCAACUGACUCUAAGGGAUAUUUCCACGUGGCGUUAACCCAUAUCAAGAACCUAUCUCACUGCCGUGUCAAACUCUACACAUCUCCAGUCGAGACUUGCAAGAACCCGACCAAUGUCAACAAGGGUCUCACCGGAGUUCUCUUAUCGAUGUUCUCCGACAAGAACUUGAAACUCUUCAACGUCGGUCCUUUCUACUUCACUGGUUCCAAGCCUGCUCCCGCCACUCCCAAAUACUAACCAUCAUUACUUUAUUAUAUGUGAUCGCUAUAAUCAAUUUAUUGUUUGAAA